UAUCAAUAAAUGUAAUUUUCUUUGCUUUUCCCUCAUCUUGUCCUCUCCCUGGAAAUUGUCGAGGCCUCAAUAAAUGAAUAAACAGAACAGUUUCUGAAUUCUGAAAUAAAUUGCUUAAUAAUUAUUACCCGAAAAGGGGGGAUUUUUUAGGGUUUGGUUUUUCUCUGAAUUUGUGGAUUGCCGAUGGAAGGUCAAGGACAAGGAGCCAGCAAUGGAGGGAUGUUGUACCACGAGGUGCAGGAGUCCAAACUCUGCGCGGUGCAUUGCGUCAACACCGUGUUGCAGGGGCCAUUCUUCUCGGAAUUCGAUUUGGCGGCGCUCGCAUCCGAUCUUGAUCGCAAGGAGCGCCAGAUGAUGCUCCAGGGCGGCGCCUCCUCCGGUGAUUUCCUCUCUGAGGAAUCUCAUAAUGUGUCGCUCGACGGCGAUUUCAGCAUCCAGGUUUUACAAAAGGCUUUAGAGGUGUGGGAUUUGCAAGUUAUUCCUCUUGACUGCCCUGUAGCUGAGCCUGCACAAAUUGACCCUGAGCUGGAAAAUGCGUUUAUUUGUCAUUUGCACAAUCACUGGUUUUGUAUCAGAAAAGUGAAUGGUGAGUGGUACAACUUUGACAGUCUAAUUGCAGCCCCUGAGCACUUCUCAAAGUUCUACCUGUCGGCUUGUCUGGAUACACUGAAGGGAUCAGGUUGGAGCAUUUUCCUGGUGAGGGGGAACUUCCCAAAGGAAUGCCCUCUCUCUUCAUCUGAAGCUCCUAACGGUUAUGGGCAGUGGCUGUCCCCUGAAGAUGCUGAGAGGAUAACUAAAUCGUGCAACUCAAUGAGGACUGCACCCCCAAGGAACAAUGUGACUCAGCAGCAACCAAAUCAGUCACCCUUGUUAGAUGAUGUGGAUAUGCAGACGCUUUCAGCAAUGGAAGACGAGGACUUGAAGGCUGCAAUAGCUGCCAGCCUGAUGGAUACUUCCCCAGCCAUGGCCAGCGUUGAGGCAAGCACUCCCCAAAAUGGAAAUAAAAACGAUGAAGGCAAAGCUGCAUGACAAGAAACAUUACAUUCUUUUGAUUUCAUGUUAUAUUUGCUGGACGAGUGACAAUGAUUCGUGUCAGUUUUAGAUGGUUGAACAAAAAUCCUUGGCAUGAGGUCGUUGCAUUCUGUAGUCUUACACACAUAACUUAUACAUUUUCAAGUGAAAUCACAUUGUAAAAAACUUCUUUAGGAUUUUAUCUCUCGGCUUCAAUCACGCCCUCUGUUGAUCACUAAUUCUUUUAACAUUCUUAGGGGGAAAUAUAACAAAUUGCUGUAU